AUGGCCGCUUCUAGCUACUCUCUUCCCCCACUUCCGUACGCUUAUGACGCUCUGGAGCCCAGUAUCUCGAAACAGAUUAUGGAGCUGCACCACACAAAACACCAUCAGACCUACAUCACCAACCUCAACAAAGCCCUAGAGGCAUCUGCCAAGGCCCUGUCCAAUGGUAAGCUUCCGGAUGCCGCGGCCCAACUGUCAGCCAUCCGAUUCAACGGCGGUGGCCAUAUCAACCAUUCCUUAUUUUGGGAGGGCCUGGCUCCAGCUUCCUCCCCCGACUCGAAGGUGGCUGCAGCACCCAAGCUUUCCGCCGCCAUUAAGGACACCUGGGGAACUUUUGAGAAGUUCCAAGGGGCCUUCAACGCAUCUUUGUUGGGUAUCCAGGGAAGUGGUUGGGGCUGGCUUGUGAAGGAAGCCGGCACAGGACAGCUGCGAAUCGUGACUCUCGCUAACCAAGAGGCGGUGGUGGUGGGUGACACUCCCCUCUUCGGGGUGGAUAUGUGGGAGCACGCAUAUUAUCUGCAGUACCUCAACGGAAAGGCCGCCUACGUUGAUAAUAUUUGGAAGGUGAUUAACUGGAAGACGGCGGAGGCGCGUUAUGUUGGAAGCCGAGACGAUGCCUUCCAGGCUAUCAAGGCCCAUAUGUAA